AUGAUCUACGAUUUUACCGAUGAUGUUGUGAGUACAUCAAAUGUUGAGAAAAAGAUAUUAACAGUUUUGCCUUCAAUGAGGGAAUUUCGAGAAUCCGACUUUAUUGAGAGUACACUUCAAAUCGGCGAGGGUGGCUGUGCGAAAGUUUAUCUCUACACAACAAGCAAUUAUGAAAGAAUGGCUGUGAAAGAGUUGAAAAUUGGAGAUAAAAAUGCGAAGAGUCAGUUGAUGAAAGAAGCAGAACGAUUGCGAGCUGUUUCACAUGAAAAUGUUGUUCGAUUACUUGGAAUUCUAAAAUCAAAUGACAAUGAAGAAAUGAAAGGAUUAGUGUUCGAGUUUCAUCCCGAGGGAUCAAUGGAACGAGAAUUCAUGCAUCACAAAGCCUUUGUUCACAAUGAUUUAAAGCCAGCAAAUAUUCUGAUGGCUGAGAACUUCUUGCGCGCGAAAUUGGCCGAUAUGGGAAGCACUAGACAAUCGGAUUUCACUCCAAGCACAUUUCUAUCGACACAACGAUAUCGGGCACCUUAUCGAGGCAAUCGACACUCUGAACCAAAAGACGACGUUUACAGUGCUGCCAUAAUCCUCUGGCAACUUAUGCAUAGAAGAAAACCUUUUGAAGAGUUUUCUGAGGAGAUGAUCAUCAGCAUCACUUCGCUCAAUCAACGUCCACCGUUAAAUGGAUGCAAUGAAGUUCUAAAAUCAAUCAUGAAAAAAUGUUGGGAUAAAGAUCUGAAAAAAUGUUGGUCAACUAAAGAAUUGCAUCAAGAGCUUUCCACAUGGCUUCGAUGGAUUCAUAAAGUUGGCGCUCCAAACCCGAUCUCUUAUCCAAUUUUAUUCACCGGACCAUCUCUAUUUUUACCUCCAGAAAGCGGGAUUUUAAAAGUAAUCGAUUCAAGUCCGAAAUGUUCAAUGAUUUUACGAUUAUUUUUCUUUCUUUUCUUUUUCAAACAAAUCUCGGCGACGAAUCAACCGUGUUUCUUGAGAUGCAAGGAUAAUUAUAUGAACGUGAUGCAAGAAGAGAUGUCAGACACAUCAGCUGAAUGGUCACUUGAUAUGGUGACCCCAUUGCAAUCAGUUCUUCUAGCUGAUCCAAUGAAAGGAAGCAUUGAGAAGAGAAUUGCGAAUAUUUGCAGAUUAAACGAGAUCUAUCUCCAUUGUCUGAAAGCUUGUAAUGAUGGACCAGCAAAAGAAAUUCUCAUUAAUGGACAAAAAUCUUGGGAUUUGAUCUGUGAAGAGUUCAAAACAGAAUCAGAUUUUCGAAAUAUCGUUCUCCCUUGUUGGUCAGAAGUAGGCAGAGAGAUGUGGGAGAAAUGCGGGGAACAAUCUCAACAACUCCAUCUUGAAGUGUUGAAUCUAAUGGAGGGAGGAUGGCAUAAUAUGGGAAAUGGAAUGGAGGCUCUUUGUCGAACUUCUCACGAUUAUGACAAGUGCUUCGUAUCGCAGAACUACGAUUAUUGUGGGAUAAACGCGGGGAAAUUUCUCAUUCGUCUCACUCACAUAACUUCACAUGCCUUAAUCGAGAUGAUGAGUAGUUCAUCUGGUCUUAAAGAGAUUCCAAAAACAUGCAAAGAAUGGUUAAAUCAAAAAGGACUCGGGCCACGCUCGAAACAAAGUCGAAAAGGACGAAAUAACGGUCCACUGCAGACAAUGUUCUCCGUCUCGAGUAUUCUUGGGGAAACGAAAUCUGAAGCUCCAUCUCCAGUGAGCGAGCCCGAUCCAGCGGACAAUAUCUUUCAGAAAAUGAUGGCAGCUGUCGCGGCACAGAAGAACUUUCUCCUCAUGCAACAAAUGUUCUCUCCACCUCGGCUACCGUAUCUCAGCGGACCGGGAUUUCUACCCGGACUUCCCCCAUUCUUUCCCGGUCUUCCCCACUUCUCGCCAGCGCUCAUCCGACAAAAUGCCCUCAAACUUGCGAAUCUUCACAAACUCACCCCUCCAAGCGAACACAAUGCUUUCGAUUCACCGAGAGAGGAAACUCCAGAGGCUCCCUCUCCUUCCACAACGUCAGCUACUUUACAUCCAUGCCUAAAGUGCUCGAAAGUAUUUUCUUCCAUUCAAGCUCUUGAGUGCGGAAAAACAUUUAAACGAUCCUCCACUCUAUCCACACAUCUUUUGAUUCAUUCAGAUACAAGACCCUAUCCUUGUGAGUACUGUGGGAAGAGGUUUCAUCAAAAGAGUGAUAUGAAGAAGCACACUUACAUUCAUACAGGUGAGAAACCGCAUAAGUGCACAGUUUGUGGAAAGGCUUUCUCCCAAUCGAGCAAUCUCAUCACUCACACUCGAAAACAUACAGGAUUCAAGCCAUUCGCCUGUGAUAUUUGUGGUCGAACUUUCCAGCGAAAAGUCGACCGACGCCGUCACAGAGAAACCCAUCAUCCGGGUGCUGCGGAAAUCGUUGAAACCCCCACCACCCGAUCUCCAUACCGAGUCGAUCUCGCUUCUCGUGGCUACAUGACCCCAACAAACGAUGAGCGGUUGACCGAUGAUGUUCUCUCACAAUUCGCUCUGCCCACUCAAGUUUUGGCCUCUCAAUUAAUCCCCAAUCAAUUCGACUUUCCGAUCCCAAUCCCCGUGUCUCUGAAUCUUGAGGAAGCUCUCAACUUAUCGCAAAAG